UUGGAGGUUUGUUAGUUCUACGAGCUUUCUUGGAAGUUUUUGAAUUGCUAGAUCAGAAAACUCCGUGCCUUGUUGUUCUUGUGAUGGUGGUUAUCUCAGGUGGCGUCACAAUGACUGGUGUUUUCCUCUUGUGGAUCGACAGCUUUUUGAUGACCAAACGUGCGCUGGUUAAAGAGCCUUUUAGUAAGAGAACUGCAUUUCUACUCAUUAUACUGACUUGGAUUAUAUGGAUUCUUUACGUGUGUAGUUUUCUUUUCUUUCUCAAUGAUGAUCCCGAUGAGGUUCAAGUAGGGUGUUUGGUCAGUAAUGGAUUCAUCAACAGAUACCACCUGAUGGGUCUCAGCAUUGUAGUGUUCUUACAUCUUAUUAUACUAAUCACACUACAAUGUUCAACUUUCUUCAUGCUAUCACAGCAUAUUAGACAUCUCACAAGACAAGGCCUAAUUCCAAGUGAACCUAAGGUGUUUCAUAUACGAAUCAAACAAAACAAAGUAUCGCCUUCGAACAAGACACUGAAGAUCAUACAGCAUUGCCCAACUGAGAACCCUUUGGAUCCGAGACCCGGAUGUUCAAACCAAUUUGGCUAUAUGGACCGUCAGCAACAACAGGAUUCCCGGUUUCUAACUGUGCGGAACAACUUCGAUCAACGGGGAGAAAAGCAUUUGAGAUACAUGAAAUCGAAAUCAGACAAAUAUGCGGAAAGCAUCGAACAGGGCAUUGAUUCUUUGGCAGAGAGUGCAAUAGAGAUAGAGCUACACCCAAACACAUACUAUAGUUACCUUCAGUGGACAAAACGUAUGUCAAGAUUCGCUAAACUCAUUAGCCUUGUUCUUUUAUCAUUCAUUGCAUGCUAUACACCAUUCUUUGUGUGUUUGUUCCUCUACUCCCUACACCCUGGGAGGUACAUAAGUGGACAGGUUAAUUAUAUCACAAGUAAUAUUCUUGUCUUAAACUCCAUCACCAAUGUUUUUGUAUACCUCAUCAAGAGUAAGGACUAUAGGAAAGCUUUUAAGCAUAUCCUCACAUGUAAAAAGGGUGCAGUUCCAACUGGAUAAAUAUAUUGAAGCAUUUUCUUGAUGUAGAUCAGGUGAAUAUUUUGCAAACUGGAUAAACAUGAUAUACGAGGGGUGAUUCAAAAGUAAUGGACAAAAUUUUAUAGGCAUACUAAAUUUCACCCAAUCAGUCUAAUUUUUUCACAGUGAAUAGAUCAAUCAAUUCUCUACUUUGUGUCGAAUUCUCAUUUAAAUGCAUUUGAAAUUGUUUCAGCUAUGCGUAACCAUGGUAACAAGGGUAAGCAUGGGUGGAAUUGGUUUUUUAAUGAUAAUUGAAUGUUUUUGUCAUUUUUGCUUGAUUUCGUUUUAAUGACUCAAUUACCACACAUGAUAUGUCUAACAAGCAUGGUAAUGCAAUUGUCAAG